AUGGGUUGUGGGAGAGGGAGAGGGUGGCCACACUUGGUGCCACCGUCAACAACCAAUCCAAUGGUGACUGAUCAGAAUAAUGCGGAUAAGGAAAACUAUGGGAUUGAUGAAGUGCAAGCUGCCAAUUUGGAGUGCAAUAACCAGGCGGGAGAGGAAGCAGCGACAACUGAUACCAAAACCCUAAAUCAAGUGAUUACUGAAGAAGCCAAGAAGGAGGUGGAAGUGACCCAACCAAAGAAGCUCUGGGUUGACAUUAUCAAUGAAAAUCAUAACCCGGCAAAGGGGCUUACCAUGGAAUUUGUUGCACCAAAGAUUGUUGAUGGAGAAGUGGAAAUUCAGAUUGAAGAAGCAGAUGUUGAAGCAGAAGUGAAAUUCUUGGAAUCUUCUCUCAUUAUGUAUGCCUUGGGUGUUGACCUAAGCAUGAACGCGGUGACACAGUUCAUGAGCAAAACCUGGAACUUUGUGACACUACCUGAGAUGUUCUACAAUGAGGAAGGUUUUUUCGUUCUUCGUUUCCACUCAUUCCACGACAAGGAAUUAGUUCUGAUGAAGGGGUCGUACUCAAUCCGUAAUAGACCUAUGUGUUGCACCCUAAAAUUUGACCAACCGGUUCCCGCUCCUGAUUUACGUUUCGGCUCAUUUUUGCAUUCGCAUUCGCGUACCGCGUGUAUUACAUGUUUAAUCAUACAGAUGAUGUCAGAUUUGCAACCUGGUUUUCACCUAUAG